GAUGGCCGCCACGUUCGUGGGCAACUCGACCGCCAUACAGGAGAUAUUCAAACGGAUUUCGGAACAAUUCACCGUUAUGUUUAGAAGGAAGGCCUUCCUCCACUGGUACACGGGGGAGGGAAUGGACGAGAUGGAAUUCACAGAAGCGGAGAGUAACAUGAACGACUUAGUUUCAGAGUAUCAGCAGUAUGAGGAAGUUGGAGUGGAUGAUGGGGAAUUUGAGGAACAAGAAGAAAUGCCCGGAGAAGAAUAUGCCGAAGAAGAAUAAUUUAUUAUUUAUUAUUAAAAACUCAAUUUUAU